AUGUCGAGCGAACCCGCAUCUCCCGCCUCGGUCGACCCACAAUCACACUUGCAACAAGAGAUCGAGGACCUCAAGGACAAAAUCAAAGAUCUCAAAGAAAAACUCGCUCAGCGAGACGACAGUUUCGCCUUCUAUGAAAGAUCGAACCAAGAACUGCAAACUCAAAGAACACGAAGAAACGCAACAGGAAAACAAAAAUUACGUCGUCAAUCUUCGCACUUCGAAGAUAUUGUCAAGGCCAAUGAAAAGGAACUCAGAAACCUUCCAGAGUUGGAAAAGGCUAUUGAAGACAGGGAAGCUGAAGUCCGCAAUUUCACUGCAGAGUUGGACUUGACGAGAACAGAACGCGAUGACAAGAUUACAGAGACCAAGGGUUUGGAAGGUGAUAUCGCAGACUUGAGGCAAGAGCUGGAGACCAAGGAUGAAGAACUCGACACCUUGCAUGAGAAACUCAACAUCUUUGAACGUCACAUCACUAUCAGCAAGGAUCUUCCUGCUGAAGAGCUCGAUGAUGUGCUCUAUGAGUUUAUGGAGAAGUGGUCUGCUAUGCAGGCUGAUGGUCGUAUCCCUUCCAAGAAGAACAAGCGCGCUUCAAUCAGUGGCAUGAACCUCGCCGAUGAGUUCGAAGCUCUCAGCGAUGAUGGCUAUGACUCUGAAGAUGGAGGAUAUGCAUCUGACGAUCGCAGCAUCCGAAGUAUCAUGUCUGAGAGACCUGCAAAGAAGAAGCUCCAACAAACGCUUGGAAUGUCGGAAGUAAAGUCUGUCGCUAUCCAUCCUUCGGUCAAAAAGCCUGUGGAGAUGGUUUCUGCUGGCACUCAGAUGAAAACUCAAACAAGCCCUAUCGCAUCGCCGAAGAAGACCUUGUCACAAGUCAUCAGCAAUGGUGUCCAAACCAGCCCAAUUGCCGCUUUGAUUCAGAAAUUCACCCCUACCAUGGUCAAUGCUCAGACAAGUCCCGUACCUCGCAAAUCUUUCGCCGAGUUUCUGAGCAAUGGAGUUCACACAAGUCCAGUCGCUCCUGCUGCGAGAGAACGUGAGCCUCUCUCCGAAGUCAUGACGAGUGGUGUCCAGACUAGCCCAAUCACUCCUGCUGCAAAGGAACAACAGUCAUUCUCUGAAGCAAUGACGAGUGGAGUUCAGACGAGUCCAGUAGCUGCUUCUAAGACUAAGGUCGCUUCACUUCUCCAGUCUUUUACAUUCUCGGGGACAAGCAGUGGAGUCUCGACGAGCCCAAUUGCUCCGUCUCCAAAGACUGCAGUUCCUGCAACCACGAAUAUCAAUAAUCAGACAAGUCCAAUAGUCUCUUCUCCUUCCAGUAUCCCACUUCCACCAAGUCCGGCUUCCAACUCUCCCAUCACCAGCAAGCCAACCGCCUCAAACAAAUCUCCAUUAUCGAAUGAGAUUACCGAGGAGCAACUCACAGUCAACGAUCCCUUACCUUCUCAGCCAGGAAAACCAUCCAAAGUCAACACUCUAAACAUCAAACGUCCUCGCGUACCAACAAAAGACAUGUCACCCCAAGCCCUCUCGCACUACAAAGUCGUUACCGCACCUUCAACCACCAAACCUUCUUCUACUUCCUCUUCCAACACAUCUCCUGAACUCGACAUCCCCGCCCUCCUAACCACCUUCUGCCGCAACAUCGCCAUCGACGCUUUCCAAUACUGGCGCCUCAUCCUUCUUUGUGUGUUAGCGUCUUACAUUGGUUCUUUACUAGCCGCCGCCUCUGGAGAAUAUUCCUGGGCACAUGCCAAUGGGUAUGCACCUGAGAACAGAUAUUUCUUUGUUGCUGGCAGUGUGCUUAGACAGUUGUUUGGGAUACUCUGGGGGUUGUUGGGUUGGGUUUGGUAUCUGGUGUUUGGGGGUUGGUUUGUGGGUGCAGGUGUUAGGUUGCCUUUGUCGCCUGGGUGA